AGUCAUCGGCCGCCUCACUUGUCCCGGCCCGAGAACCGCAACUGUCGAAAGUUCCGCUCCCGCUCUUAUCAUUCCAUUCCCUCAACUCAUCACAGAUCCAAGCUGUGACUUGCUAUUUAAUCCUCUUCUCAUUUCAUUCAUCAAAAAUGGCCUCACCACUCAGGAUCGGCUAUGUGCCGGAGCACUUUUCCACGCCCCUCUAUUUCGCCAAAGAGCACUUCGGCCUCGAUGCUACCUUAAUUCCUUUCCCCUCCGGAACGGGACACAUGAUCACAGCCAUCCGCGGCGGCGAGAUCGACAUCGGUAUCGGUCUCACAGAGGGCUGGAUCGCAGGCCUCGGCAAGGAAGAUGCCCCUGGAGAUGGUGGCUACCGUCUCGUCGGCACAUAUGUCGACACGCCCCUCUGCUGGGCCAUCUCAACUGGUGCCAAGCGUCCCGAGAUCACCUCCGUAGACUCCCUCAAGGGCGGCAAAAUCGGUGUCUCCCGCAUCGGCUCCGGCAGCCAGAUCAUGGGCUUCGUUCUCGCCGACCAGCAUGGGUGGCUCACCCCGUCCACUGCGCCUUUCUCAGACACGGUGAUCCUCAACAACUUUGAGAACCUUCGCAACGCCGUCAACUCGGGCGACGCUGACUUCUUCAUGUGGGAGCACUUCACAUCCAAGCGCUACUACGACUCAGGCGAGAUCCGCCGUGUCGGCGAAAUCUACACGCCCUGGAGUAGCUGGAAGAUCGUCGCGUCGACGGCGCUGGCCAAGGAAGGGCAGAAGCUCGAUGCGAGGAUCAAGGACCUGUUUGGAAAGCUUGACAAGGGCGUGCAGCACUUCAACGAGAACAAAGAUGAGGCUGUCAAGUAUAUUAGCACGCACCUUGACUACUCUGAGGCGGACGCUCAAGAGUGGUUGAAGACGGUCAAGUUUACUGAUGGUGUGGAGGGUGUCAAGCCCGAGGUCGUGAACAACACGGUCGAUAUUUUGAGGAAGGCUGGGGUUUUGGUCGAGGGCAAGGGGAGACAGCCUGAAGCUAUGGUAGCCAAGGACUGAACACCGGGUCAAAUGAGAUAAAUGUUCUACGAUGACAACUAUCGCCAGGUUAUUGAAUCGCCGGGAAAAAACGAGGCCCAGUCCGUAUUUCGUUGCACACACAAUCACUGUGAGUACAACUCAAGAAAAGUCGAUGCAAU